ACCAAGUCUUAGUCCACUGACAGGUAGUCAGUUCAGCCACUUCCUCUGAUCAGAGUGAGAGGAGACUGAAGCAACUAUAAAACAGCCAGGAGAGAAAGAUAGAAAGAAAGAAAACCUUGUUUUUACAGAUAGAAUAAGAGAUAGAGACAUGGACACGCUGAUGACAGGUGUGUUUCUGCUGUUUGUGCUCCCGGUGCCUGUUUCUUGUAUUGAGGGUUUUUUCGCUGAACCGGUCAUCUGCUAUUUCCUGGAUGGGGUCCUGAUGAUUUACUGCAUCGUCGCCACUGCGUUCUUCUUCAGAGAAAAGUUUUCCUACAAACCAUCUGUGGCUGUUGUAGUGUCCGAAGAAAAUGGUGGCAUUUACCAGGAGCUUGAGAGACCAAAAGACGCUGAUCCUUAUGAGGUGCUUGAACCAUCAAAAAGAAAGAAAAAGGCUGCCAAGAAAAAGAAAUCUGAGUCGACCCAACCUGAGGAGAAGGAUAAAGAUCCCUAUGAAUCGUUGAUCAUCCCCGCCCCACUUCCACCUAAGUCUCCCCAGUGAGGCCGUGCAUGGCAACUCCUGAGUCAGCAGCAUUGUUCAUUGCAGCAUCUAUUAUGAUAAUAAUAAUAAUAAUCAUAAUAAUCAAAUGUUUAAAUUGUAAAUUAAGCAAAAAUGCCAGAUAUUCUGUGGAUCCAGAUUUGUUGCUUUCCUCUGUUAUAAGUGAUAGUCCCUUAAGUAUCUUUGGGUUUUGAACUGCUGAUUAGACAAAAAAGAUAAUUUGAAGACAUCACUUUGAUUAACAAUAUAUUGCAACUUGAAAAUUUCUUUAGAUUUUAUAAACCAAAUGUUAAAAAAAUGACAAAUUAAUCAGUAGUGAGAACACUUGUUUUCUCUACUGUAAACAGACAUCAAACUUCAUUUUUGAUUUUUAAAUAUCCACAAAAUAUUCCACAUUUUGUGUAAAAACAAAGUCUCCAGCCGUGCUAAUGGCUCUGCUUUGAGCUAAACGCUAACAUGCUAAUGGUGUCAAUGACAAUGCUAAUGUUUGCUGUGUGUUAGUAAGCUAACAUUUGCUAAUAAGGUCACAUUUUAUCAGCAUGUACAACAUCUAAUAAAUGUUUCUAACAUUAUACUGUUGUAAGCACAUAUGAGGACAUGUUCCUUAACUGUAAGUUAUUUUUCAAUUAAGACACAUUGUAUAAAUGCAUCAAUAAACUCCAAUAUCUCCUUACAACUACAUUACAGUGUGUUUUAAACAAUUCAAUAAGUGUCUAUGUUGUGCUAAAUAGGGGUGCUUAGUGUUACCUCUAAUUAGCGCUCAACCCAACAGGCUUAUUGGAAGGUCAGUUUCUAAGUGUUGAACAAAUUGAUAAUUUUACCUGAUUAUUACAAUUAAUCCUGUUGCGGGACCUGAGUGUGUGUGCCAAAUUUGCAAGCAAUAGAUCUAAUACUUGCUGAGAUAUUUUAGUCUGGGCCAAAGUGAUGAACGAAGCGACCUACACUGCCAUCCAUAAAGUCCCCUGCACCUGCUGUAAAUCAUUACACCAGUUAAGCUUUAUCCUGUAACUGAAUGUCCAAUUAAAGACAAAGCACGUCAAAACACUUGGAAAAUGGUUUAAUGAUGUUUACAACAAAAGAGAACUGUACAGUUACAGUAAAAGAUUAUCUUUAUAUGUGUAUAAAAACAAAACAAACAAAAAUACAGCAGACAAAUGCAUCAAAAUCUACUAUGUAUCCUGAUUCACAUACUUAAAACUCCUACACAAUCUUUCAGUUCUAUGCCGCCACAAGUGGAGGCUUUUUUUUUUUUUCUUUUUCUUUUUUUUUGUCUUGUAGUCAGAUCGGAGCAGUGUCCCUCAGUGUUGUAGUCCAUAAUGGAAAUCAAAACUCCUUACAUUAGAGUCCUGGAAAGUCAACUCUUGUCAGACUGCAGAAUAAGAAAAAAGGGAAAUAAAACGGGGACACAUUCCUUUAGAUGAGCCCAAGCUUCCAAGGUGAGUAGUAAAUGUUUUACAGAAUGCAUUUCUUGAGAUACACAGACUUAAUAUGUACAUGGUUGGCGUUUUUUUUUCUUUUUCUUAUUUUUCCUCUCUUGUUGAAAGCCAUGGUCACUUGGGCUGUGAACUGAUAAAUCACACACGACACACCCAAAAACAUACAAAAAUACUAUAUCUUUAACCUACCAAGAGUAAGACAGUUUUGCAAUUAGUUCCAUGCUGUGACAGAAAAAGGAGAUUACAACAAACAAAUGAGAAACAGACGCUUUUCACGCAAGUUUAUCUCAGAAAUAUACCAAAAUAUACAUCUAAGCUUUGGAAUUACUGAGGCUAGGACUAAAGCCAGUGCUGGGUUUGUCUCUUAAUACACAUGCUGCAGGGUGGAAGGGCGAGAAAACAGAGAGAGAGACAGGACAGAGAGAUAUCUUUGGUAUCUGCAUUUGUCAAAAGUUAAAUAUUUGGAUUUUUUGCUUUGGGAUAGCGCUUGUGAGGUCCUACAACCUCACCUAGAGUAAAGCAUUAAACAAAGUGUCACUGAAGCCCGUCGGCCAGAGGUCUGAGCCGGAGGGACACAGUCCAUGCAGAGUGAAGGACCAUGAUGCAUAGUGUCACAGCUGAUCAGAGUCUGUAGUGAAGAGACAAUGUCAAAGGAGAGAGCUGAAGAGGGAAGGUGGGAGGGAGGAAGAGGAGGGGGGGGGGCACAGCAGUGAGUUUUAGGGACCGCAGGAUGUAUAUUCCUGGAGACAACAGGGUAAUGUCCUGGGACUACAGUGUACAGGUGAUGAGGAAGAGACACACGCACUGUGAGAGGCAGGAACAGCAUUUUUCACCACAGUCCUUGAGAGAGAGAGAGAGAGAGAGAGAGAGAGAGAGAGAGAGAGAGAGAGAAAGAGAGUGGAGGGGGAACAUCCUAGCAACAGCGCUCAAGACAAACAAACAUACAGAGUCCUGAGCAUGUACAGUGUGCACAGGAGUAACCCUCAGCGUGUAUUAACAAACAUCACCCAGCUACCACCGGAUUGGUUCGUGUCUGUCGGAGAGAAGCCCGCUCACCUCCCGCUCAGCCCCCUCCGAUCCCCGCCCACAGGCACUGAAACCGCUGCACCGGCGGGAUGCCGGAGUGUUUUGUUUUUCCGGGCGGAUACACAUUCGCAUGCAAUAAAAAGCAAACUUUUUUUUUUCCUUUUUUUCUUUUUUUUUUUUUUACAGAUGAACCGAGGACUCGGGUGAGAGCGUGCAGCCGGGAUUUGAUGCUGAGCAGUGAGACGGGGAUGGGCGGGAGAUGGUGUCGUUCGUAUACAAUCAAGUUAGAAGUCUUUGGUUAAUGUUGGUAUCACAGGGGAAGCGAGAGCGGGCUGCGACAGCGCACCGUCAUGUGGGAAGACUUGUUCAUACCUGUACCUGAUCCGAGUGAAAAUACAAUUAAAAAUUAAAAAAGAAAAGAAAAAAAAAAA